AUGCACGACGCUGGACAUAACAGCAUGUACGGCACGGACAGCAUGCACGCACAGCCCGAUGCAAGGGGUAUGAUGGGUGACAUGAAUGGGGAGAUCAUUGUCACAAAGCUUUUUUCCAGUCGGCGAGAUCUCGACCACCUCGCUUCUGCGCAGGAUUUUUCACGUCGGUUCGACUCGAACUGGGGAAGCUACCGCUUCGCCGGCGCGGACGGCUAUGGCGGUUCCCUGUAUGGCGCGAACAGCGCGGCCGGCGGCUCCCUAAUGAACCUCAGUGGGAAACCCGGUACGUCAUCCAUGAUGAACGGAGGAACAGGGGCCGCUGGCAUAGGUCCAGAUGGAAACGACGGCCGCACCGCACACGAGAAGAUGCCGGCAUCUGGGGAUAAGGAAGCAGUAACUAGGGAGGCUGCGGACGAGCGCAUCGACGCCUCUCGUAACGUCCGGCGAAGUGGUGUGGCGGACACGGACGCGUCCAAGCCGCCUGGCAAGUCGACACCGAGCACGAUGAAGCCCAGCAGCGCAGCGGACCAAGGUGGCAAGGCGCACGACGCGCCGAUUCAGUCUUCAACCGAAGCAAGCGACACGACCAGCAGGAGCAAGGACGUGUCCGGUGGUGCGCCUGACAAGAGGCCAACGACCAGCACGCAGCAGGCAGCCGAACCGAAGCCGACGCAGGCGGGCGCCACUGAUUGCUGCAUGGCAGCUCUUCAGACGGCCAAGGGGCGUGCAGGCAAGGGGGCGAGGACCAUGAAUGCGCAGGAAACGAGACCCCUCGCGACUGAGCCGAUCGAUGACAUUCCGCUUCUGGCCGACGACGUCCGACCGAAGCCGAAGUCGACCGCCCUGAAGGAACCGGCGCCGUCUGUGGUGCCGUUGGAGCUGCCCGUUAAGGGAGAGCCGCAGCUGACGACGGCGAAGAUGCCCGCGUCGAAGCCGUCGGAGCCGCCAAACGAGGCGACAGAAGCUGCCCACACCGUAGACAGUAGCUCAACUAUCAACGGCGAGGGCCGCCCCGCUCGCCCACGCAGCCGCCAGGCAGCACGCUCCGUCAGUCGCCUCACCUCGAUGAGCGUUGUUGAGUUCCCAGUGGCGGAGGAGGUGAAUGAUGAGAUGGUUGACGGCGGCCUCCACGACCCGGAGAAGGAGGCGGCUCUCCGCGCCGAGCAGCGCCGCGAGCGCGAGGACGCUGCCCGUGCGGCGCGCGAUGAGCGCCAGCGUCAGCAGCAACUGAUUGAGGAGGCGCAGAAGCAGCGCGAAGAGGAGGCGCAGAAGCGGCGACAGAAGAAAGAGGAUGAGGCGCGCCAGCGGAAGGAGAUGCUGACGAAGAUGGACGAGGAGCGCAAGCGCGAGCGGGAUGCUGCCUUUGCUGCGCGCGAGCGCCAGCGCGAGGAGGAGAAGCGCCGCUUCGAGGAUAUGAAGCAGCUCGAGGAAGCGAAAGAGGCCGCGCGUGCCGCCGCCCUGAUAGCGGAGCGGCAACGCAAGCUCGAAGCGGAGAAGACGGAGGCAGAGGAGAAGACGGCCCGCAGCGCCUCGCGUCAACGGAGCCGACGUCCUACCAGUCGACCUAUCUCCCGCCUGCGCGGCGCGAUCCCGGAGCAGCCUCCGGAUGUGACGGCUGGGCAGAUAAAAGACACGCUAGCAGACGAGGCCUUGGGGAAGUCAACGCACUCCGACAACGAGGGCCACCACUCCCACGUCGCACAGGCACCGCGUGCGGCACAAGCCGAUGGCAAGGCCGAGCCUGUGGCGGAGGGGCGGUACACAUCUAAGUCGCCGGCAGAUGUGAGGUGUGCGUCAUCGACCCCGGCCGAGGUGCGGGAAGAACGUGCCACUCGAUCACAGCGUUCACAGUCGCCCCUGCUGCAGCAGAGGCAGCCAGCCUCGGCAGGAGUGAUGAGUGAGCCGCCGAGCAACAGCACCGCGCCUGCGCCGCCGAGCUCGAACCGGACGCCGCAGUCGCAGGCGUCCAAAAACUCGGGCCGCUCUCAGCCGAAGGAGGACAAAUCUGCGUCCGCCGUGGGCAAGAGCAGCGCCUCUCGCCCCCCAAACAUGGUCAAGACACUGGUGCUUGUGGAGGAGUUGCGCGACAGCAACCACGCCUUGACGAUGACGGACAACUCCAUCAGCUACAAUGGGCAGACUAUCGAGGUGACUGAAGUGAAGACACGUCUGGAGGACAACUUUAACUACCACUCCAGCGUCGUCCACGACGUCUCCGAGGCAGUGUGCAGCGGUUACAAUGCUGCGGUGCUUGCUGUGGACGCUCCGAACACCGCCGGCCGCUUUGACUCGCCCGUCUGGUCUAUCCUCAACCGCAUUGUUCGCACGUUGCUGCACGAGAAUAGCAACAAGGCCGGCCAGCUGCGCUCCGACUUUCAGCUGACGUGCGCCAUCGGGUACCUCUACAAAGACAAGGUGAAGGACCUGCUGACGAGCGCUGAGCUGGAGGCGCCGUUCACGAAGAUCGGCGUGAACCCGUCGCCGAUCUACGGUCCGCGCUUGACAAACCUCACCUAUGACGCCGUCACGGAACCUACCGUGUUCGAGGACGUGCUCACCACCACGCUCUCGCGCGCCUCUGAGGAUGCGGCAAUACAGAGUCUGACGGAGGGUGUCAUGGCUGCGUUUGUGCUCAUCAUGCAGACCCGCGAGACGGACGACAAGCCGGACAUCUAUCUGUCGUCUCUCGUGGUGGCCACGGCCGGUGACGACACUUUCCCAUACCAGUCAGCGAUCUCACACACCCGCAACGAGUACGCGACGGUGUUCCACCUGGUCCUCGGUGGUCCAAGCUGCACCUGCUUCAUGCUGAACAUUGCCGACGACGACAACAUCCGCAAGGCAGGUGAGACAGAGGAGUCGAUGCAGCAGAGGAUUGAGCGUGUGCUAGGGCUGCUGCAGAAAAUGUCUGCACUGCCAAACUACGACUUGCGCAGCGGUUCUGUGAAGCGCUUCAUCAAGUACGUUGAGCUGUCCCAUACAAACGCGCAGGCACGACUGGAUAAGGAAGAGGAUGAUGUGCAGCGCCGCAAGGUAGAGCGCUAUCUCCGUGAACAGGAGCGACUCCUGCAGGACGCCUACCGCCUGCUGCAGGAGUGGAACAUCAACUGCGGCGAGGGGCUCUAA